GACGAGGUGUACGAACAGUUCGGCUCGUACGACUUCCAGGCGAGCCCGGCAUACAAAAACACGCUUGAGCAGGUGUACAACCAGUACCUCAUCGUGAUGUCCGAUAAGGACCUCGAGGUCAAGCAGGACCUCAGCAACGGCGUGUUCAACCCGAGCCGCAUCCCGCAGGCGGACAGAGAGCAGUUGCAGCUCCAGACAAAGAUCUUUGUAUUCUGCUCAGAGACAGAGAACAUUCUCGAGCUGCAGGACUACCAGUUCUGGCUUGCCGACAAGCAGAGAGCACUUGGAGUGCCUCAGGGCGAUGCCGGCGCCAGUGCCGGCGAUGACCUCGACGUCGAUGUCGAUAGCCAGAUGGUGGACAGCCAGCAUGAUGUAUUGGCCGUCGAGCCGACCGAGGAGGAAUACACGUCAAAUUACCAGGAGAUAGUCGACAUGAUCGUCAACAACAAGCCUAUUCCAGGGAUCAAACAGAUCCCGAAGACGGUGCUGGACCCGACCUCGGCUUCCGAGAGUGUGUUGCAGCAGCGGAGGAAACCGUGGGAA